AUGGCUGCCCCAAUUUCUACCGUUGCGGAGACCAAGGAGCUCCGGGGUUUGAACCUCAUUGCUGCUCAUUCGCAUAUUCGUGGCCUCGGUGUUGAUAUCGACUCUUUGCAGCCCAGAGCUUCCUCCCAGGGUCUUGUGGGUCAGGAAAAGGCCCGGAAGGCUGCCGCUGUCAUUCUGCAGAUGGUGAAGGAAGGCAAAAUCGCUGGUCGAGCUGUGUUGAUCGCAGGGCCUCCCAGCACGGGUAAAACAGCCAUCGCCAUGGGUAUGGCUCAGUCUCUUGGACCCGAUGUUCCUUUCACCAUGCUCGCUUCUUCCGAAAUCUUCUCGAUGGAGAUGUCCAAGACGGAGGCUCUCACCCAAGCUUUCCGGAAGUCUAUUGGGGUUCGCAUCAAGGAGGAAAGCGAAAUAAUUGAGGGCGAAGUUGUGGAGAUUCAGAUCGAUAGAAGUGUGACCGGUGGAAACAAACAAGGAAAGCUCACAAUCAAGACAACGGAUAUGGAGACAAUCUAUGACAUGGGAACGAAGAUGAUCGACUCGAUGACCAAGGAGAGAGUGAUGGCAGGAGACAUCAUUUCUAUCGACAAGUCGUCCGGCAAAAUCACCAAGUUAGGACGUUCUUACGCACGCUCCCGGGAUUAUGAUGCCAUGGGCGCCGACACCAAAUUCGUGCAAUGUCCUGAGGGUGAGCUUCAGGUUCGCAAGGAGAUCGUACACACUGUUAGCCUGCACGAAAUCGAUGUCAUCAAUUCGCGGUCACAGGGCUUCUUGGCCCUCUUCUCCGGUGACACGGGCGAGAUCCGGAGUGAGGUCAGGGAUCAGAUCAACACCAAGGUGGCUGAGUGGAAGGAAGAAGGCAAGGCCGAGAUUAUUCCCGGUGUUCUGUUCAUUGAUGAGGUGCAUAUGCUGGAUAUCGAAUGUUUCUCAUACAUCAACCGUGCUCUGGAGGCGGAACUGGCACCCAUCGUUAUUAUGGCCAGCAACCGUGGCCACUCCCGGAUUCGCGGCACUACCUACAGCUCUCCGCACGGAUUGCCUUUGGACUUCCUUGACCGGGUGGUCAUUGUCAGCACACAGCCUUACUCUGCGGACGAGAUCAGACAGAUCUUGGCCAUUCGGGCUCAGGAAGAGGAGAUCGACCUCUCACCCGAUGCCUUGGCACUUUUGACGAAAAUCGGUCAAGAAUCGAAUCUGCGAUACGCCAGCAACAUCAUCACAACAUCUCAUUUGCUCAGCCAGAAGCGCAAGGCGAAGGAAGUCAGCAUUGAUGAUGUCCAGCGCAGCUAUCGCCUAUUCUACGACCCUGCUCGGAGCGUCAAGUUUGUCAACGCGUAUGAGCAGCGGUUCAUUGGCGAUCAAGGUGCAGUGAGCUUCACUGCCCCCACAAAUGGCGAUGCCAUGGAGCUGUCAUAG